GGCUCAACUUCAAGGCAAGCAUGAGUUACAGGACUGUGGUGAUGUACAUGGAGAUCGGCUGCUUUGUGGUUUGUGUUUCUGGAUGGAUCCUGGUGUGUUCCACCAUGCCAACAGAGAUCUGGACAUGGUCUGAGGUAGACAGCAUAGUCUUGACUACUUCAAACUACUUCUCCAACCUGUGGAAGGAUUGCAUAUCGGAUUCAACUGGUGUAUCUGACUGCAAGGGAAUCCCAUCAAUGCUUGCACUGAAUUGGGAUAUUCACAUGUGCCGUGCUCUCAUCAUCAUCUCUAUUAUCCUGGCUUUCUUUGGAUCAAUUCUGGUCUUAGUGGGAAUGAAGUGUACCAAGAUUGGGGGAUCAGAAAUCGUCAAUGCAAGAGUAACAUUUGCUGGGGGGAUGAAUUAUCUUAUCGGAGGGAUGUGUUCUAUGGUUGCUUUCUCCUAUUAUGGAAACAAAAUUAGAGCAGAAUUUCAAGACCCUAACUUCAAAGCUCAGAAGUUUGAAAUAGGCGUUGGUGUCUUUAUCGGCUGGGGAGGCUCCACCUUGCUUGUUGUAGGAGGCCUUAUUUACAGUAUCUUUGCAGGGAAGGAAGGGUGCCACUCAAGCUCAAAAAGAUUCCCUGACUACCAGUACCCUGAUGCCUACAGAGUUGUUCCCACAAAAAAGAGCAUUUCGUCUUCGGCUCAUACAGAGUCUAGUGACAGCAGAAAAACAAGGACAAUCAGUAGCAGCAGAGGCAGCAGUGUCUCUGGGAUCACAAUUUCCACGAAGACAUCAGCUACAAAUGCAUAUGUGUGACCUCUUCAGAAGUGGAAAACUUUGCGUCCCUGUCCUUCAUGGAAUAUGUGGGUGGCUAUAUUUUCAGUUAUUUUAUAUUUUAAAACCAUGUUCAAACUUUAUAUUAACUUUUAGA